AUGCCCAUGCCAUGCGCUGCAAUGCCCUGUUGGUGCCGAUGGCUCCCACUUGGAUCUGGCAGUGACUGUAUGUACCAGACAUGGUCAAUCGGAAACGGCUGCGAAAAAACUGGUCAAUCAGAGCGAGGCUUGUCCAACGCGGCCCAAGGUAGCAUUGAAGCCGACGGGCAAGAACUGCUGCAGCAAAAAGAGUCCGAGGCAGAAGCAUCAGAUACCCUGUUCCUGACGAUGGGGAGGAAAUCUAGAAGAUCAUCAGUUGUGUCUGUCAUCCACGUGUUGUGCUACUGA